AUGAAGCGCCGUGCUCCCGCCACCGGCUUCGGGUCAGCGCCGGCUCCGAGCAAUGCCUUCGGGGGCACCGGCUUCGGCGCGCCGAGUAGCCUGGGCGGCGGCAACGUCUUCGGGGCUCCGGCGGCGGCGGCGACGGCGGCGGGGGCCCCGGCCGCAACGGGAGCGCCUACGGCGGGCGGUUUCAGCGCGUUCGCUGCCGCCCCCGGGGCAGCAGCCGGGGGGGGCUUCGGCGCCUUCGCUAGCCAGAGCGGCGGUGGCACCGGGUUUGGUGCGGCGGCGGCAGCGGGCGGCGGCGGCGGGUUCGGCGGCGGGGGAGGAUUUUCCGGCAGCAGCUUCCGUCAAAUGCGAGGGUAAUUGACCUCCGCCUGCUACCCCGCGAAGGAAACGGGAGGGGUUAUGUAGGAGGAGGGACGCCGAAACAUGUGGUAUCUACCGUGGGUUUUUUCCGCCGUACCAGAGCUGGGUUUGGGUGGGCAACUUAAUGCGUCAAGUAGAAUCGGGCGAGGCCGUUGUUUUCGGUACCGAUGUGCCCGGGAGGGCGCUGGGCCCUCUAUUGUAGUUUCAGGGCUGCUGUUCCCAGGAGAAAGAGGAGUGAGUGAUAGUUGGACCAUCCCCCUCCCCCGCCGUGUAAUGUGCGAUCGGGGAAAGGGAGUUGUAGCUGGGACGCAAAAUUGUUCAUGGGGGUCUCUGCUUUGUGCCUUCUGGUAUCCGUCCCCGCUCCAACCGACGCUGAUGCCUUCCGUGGUCAGUCGCAGGCCAGCUAUCCUGCACGGAAACAGACCAAAGUAUGUUCUGCACGAUGUUGACGCUUGUAGUUUGUGAAUGCGGACAUUACGGUGUUUGGAAGUCUUGGGUGGUGGAAAAUUGAGAGUACUUUGCUUGCGGCAGGGCAGGAGUGAGUUUUGACCGAGGAAGGGAAAAUGUCUGUUUGGGUGUCGAGACGGGUUGGUGUGGGAUGGGGGUGAUGUUUUUGUCACUCCCGUGCUUCGACGCCGCUCUUGGGGGCAGCAAGUACGGUAAGCACGGCUCUCGAAAGACAGCCAACCGCAACACGCCUCGGC